GCUAGAAAUCUAGCACUCAAGAACAGGUGGAAAAAUAUUCGCCAGAGCGAAAUUAAUUAAUCUAUAACACAUAUACAUCCUAAAUAUUCGCAUGAUUCAUAGCUUAAAUUGUCGGAUUUCCCACGGCAUUUGGAUACGUACUGAAACUAGCGUUGGUUUCUACCUCUCAUGGCGACUUCCGACGAUUUGCCCGAUGCGCAAUUUGAUGGCAGCUUUUCACUUGGGAAAUAUUUGGAAUCCAGUGGAGUACCCACCAUGGCAUGGGAGGCUUGUACCAGAGCUCAGAAAUCUGAAAACCCUUUCAUUACCUGUGAGAUAGAAGAUGUGCCAUUCUUCGCUUUCAAUGGGUCUGAAAUUGUCCAUCAGUUUUUAAAUGUGGGCACUGAAGAAGGAAUUGUGAACACAGACACCGAUCUGUUUAAGUGUUUGAGGGAUAACAAUGGAGAACCGGCUCUGAUUCAUCAGGGCCUUCUUAAUGGUUUUCUCAAUGUUUUGAACAAUUCUGACCUUAAGAAGGAGUUGGAAAUCUAUGGAAGGAAAGCAGAGGGAAUAAUUUUGACAGGCCAUGGCUUAGGAGGGGCAGUGGCAGCCCUUGCAACGCUGUGGAUGCUGGUGAAUAGCAAUGACAACAAGAAUAGGCGUAGGAAAAAUAAAAAGCUUCCUUUCUGUGUGACCUUUGGUUGUCCUUUAUUGGGAGACCAAAGGCUUGCUCAAGCAGUUAGUAGGGAAAAAUGGUGUGGCCAAUUCUGCCACAUAGUUUCUAAGCAUGAUUUUCUUCCGAGGGUUCUGUUUGCCCCCCACCAGUCUAUCAAUUUACCUUUGAGAGCCUUGCUCCCUUAUCUGUAUUCAUCUAGGCUAGCUCAUCAUAACCAUAAUCAUAAUCAUUUUCCCCUUUCAUAUGAGCAGUACUGCAAUUUUCUAAGGGAUGUUUUACACCAUACCCGAAUUGCAGCAAAGUUCUGCACAGAUAAGAGCCAACCUGUUGAAAGCAGGCAAAGCCCGUAUUGGCCACUGGGCUACUACUUUUUCACUUCAGAAAAGGGUGGUGCUUGCUAUGGAAGCAGCGUGGCAGUGCUGCAGAUGAUGUAUUUCACAUUGCAAGAUGUGGAGCUCUGUCCCUCCAGUGAGUUUUUCAUGGAGCAUCUUAAGUAUGGGAAAGCUUUGCAGCACAAUUUCAGAAACCUGUACAGUGUAGGAGACCUUGGCCGAGGAUUUACUGAUGCAGAAAGGCCUUAUGAUCUUGGAAUUGCAAUAGCCUUGGAAGCUGCUGGACUUGAGAUUCAGCCUGGUGAUGAGAAGCAUAAGCUGAUGAUGGACACAGGAAGGAUUGGAUUCAGUCCAAGCCUGAACAGCGCUAAAGUGUUCAUACAAUCUGCAAAAAUACAAGGCGCCAGGGUUGAAAUUGAGUGGUACAAGACCAGCUGUGAAGGUGAGGGGCUUGGCUACUAUGACUCUUUCAAAAACCCUAACAGGGCUAAAGAUUUCAGGGCAAACAUAGACAGGCUCAAGAUCUCACGCUUCUGGGAUGAUUUCAUUCAAAUGGUCGAAAUGAACAAAUUGCCUGAUGAUUUCCACCUGCAGCCCAAGUGGGUUUAUGCUGCUGUUUACUAUAGACAGCUUGUGGAGCCCCUAGACAUUGCUUAUUAUUACCGAUCAGGUAAACACCUGAAGCUAGGCCAUUACCUACAACACGGAAGACAUCAACGCUACAAAACUCUUGAAAAGUGGCAAAAUGAGAGCAAUUUGUGUGGGGAGAAAGUCAAUCGUACAAAACUGGCAGUGUUAACACAAGAUUCCUGCUUUUGGGCUCGCGUAGAAGAGGCCAAGGAUUGGGUGGAAUGCCUAAAACAGGAGAAAAAUCGGUCUGUCAUUGUAGAAAAGAUAAAAAUGGUUCAAGGCUUUGUGAAUCAUGUUGAUAAACUUAUCAAGGAUCGUGAUAUUUCACUCGACAUUUUGCUGGAGAGAGGUAGCUUCAUGAAAUGGUGGAGAGAGUACAGAAACAUUUGGUCCAAUAUCUUUUCACCUCCUUUGCAUUCACAUCAAAUGCAAAUGGAAGCCAUGGAAAGUGAAAUGAGGAGAUUGUGUACAGUUUCAAACCCAUAAACCUAAUCCUUUCCUCCUCUAAACUUAACCUUGGCUACCAAAUUAAUUUCAACAUGUACUUUUAUUUCACUUGAUUGUAAAUAUUAGACUUUUACACUCAGAUAUAAAAUCACCAUGUAUCUGAAUACUCUUAUGUAAUCUUUUAAAUUUAGAUGUUUCAGUCUCUUUGCA